AUGGAUCAGCACGCCGUCUUAAAGGAGAUAAAAGAAAGCAAGAACAACUGCGAGGCCUUCUUUGAGCGGCACUUUAGGGGUCUCCUACCACGUGGAAGAGCGAUCGAACAUGAGGAGGGGAUCACCACAAAAGAAUCGGAGGAAUUACAAAAAAGAGUGGACUCUUUGUGGGAAGCAGUAAAAGCGGAGAAGGAGUACAUAGAUGGGGAGAUAAACGCCGAGGUAGAAAAGUACAGAGGGAUGGCGAUCGAAAUGAAAACACAUGUAGAAGGUAUGCAGCUUGAAAUGGGGAAGCUGUUCAGUAACAUGAAGGUGGCAGAUAGGAAGGUGACAGAUCGGAAGGUGACUGCUGGGGAAUGCGCCCCGGGUGGGGAAUACGCCCCGGAUGGGGAAUGCUACCUUGAUGGGGGUGUACAAACAGGGGGGAGAAAUAACUGGAAAAGUGCUACCUCGUUCAGUAGCGAUAGCGGCAGCAGUGGGAACGCAGAAGUGAGCUGCCACCCUGGGGAAGGUCCCCAUUACGAAACGCACGAACUGGAAAGCGUACUGAGAAAAAGCAUCGACGCGAAGAGCAGGCUGGAGAAUAUCAAAAGAGGGUUACUCUUUUUGAAGACAUUCCCAUCCUUAAAAAAAAACAUGAACGAAUUAUUCUUAAUUGUAAAAAAUGUACAGCUAGACAUAAAUGAAAAAAUAAACAAGGCAAUUAUUUUACACUCCAAUAUGCUGUACAUAAAUGAACAUGAAGAAAUUAUUUCCUAUUUUAACAUAUAUUUAUCUGCCCUUGAUGUGUGUAUAUAUAGUACUGACUUUUUUGAAGAUUUUUUUUCCCUGCUAAACAGCAUCCUCUCAUCGUUUCUAACUGAUAGUGCUUCCCAACAUGACAUGAACAGAACUGUGCAUAUUUAUGUCCAGACCUUCCGAACUUAUUUAAAAUUUCUUCACAUGUACGUUUAUUCUGAUGGGUACUUAAUUGAAGAGAUCACAAAAAAAAUUGUUCACUUUAUGGUGUCAAAUUUUCGGAAGACUUUUUUCAAAUUCACACAAUCUGAGUUGGGGGCUGCUGUGCACAACGCGGUGAUAAACUACUACGAGUACUUCACGACGUUUAUUGAGGAGCACCAGGAGGCUAUGCGCCGUCUCGUUCGGCAGGUUUGCAAGGAAGUUGUAGAGGUGGGCGGUGAAGGCGGCGAAGGUGGUGGAGGCGGCAAAGGUGGUGGAGGCGGCAAAGGUGGUGGAGAUGGCGAAGGGGGCGAAGGCGGCCAGGUCGACCACCACGAGGACUACUUCCUCUUGCGGCUCUACAAGGAGGCCAUCCAGGUGGUUGGCCCCCUCGUGGCGGGCCCCCUCGUGGGAGAGCAGACAAAGCAGGUGCGCGACGAAAAGUCAGGCGGGAGCAAAAGGAAAGGAACAGCAACAAACAAAAUCAUGGAUGCGCUCAGCGUCAGCGUGAAUAUACUCUCCAACUCGCCCGUCCUCAUCGGAAAAAAAAAAAUGUUAAGUAUAAUACUAAACGAGGCUAUUUUCAUGAGCGACGAUGUUAUGGCAGAGCAUGUAGUAUACCUCUGUGAUGUAUCCCAUUUUGACAUGCAUUAUUUCGAAGAGAUUAACACAAAAGUGAGCACAUUCGACCGAAAUGAUAUCAUGGAGGAGAAUAAGCUGCACCAUUUUUUUACCCAUUUGGAAGAAGACAUCACCAAAAUAAUUCAAUUCAAAAAAAAAGAAAUAAAUUCAAAGGAAAUAUUCAAUUCUCCUUUUUUUAAAUUCAUCCCAUUUUUUUCAUUCACGUUUAAUCACGACACAGAGUUCCUUUUGCUUUUCAUUAAUGUGUACAAUUUUGUGUAUGAAAUUAUUUACAACAUGAAGGAUCAAAUACGAAGGAAGGAGGAAAAUGAAAAAAAAAAAAGUAUGACAGGUAUUGACAAUAAUGACGAGGAAUCUCGCUAUCUGUGCAUGAGAGAGGAUUUCCACUCCGCCAAUGAAGUCAUCGAAUACGUGAAAACUGCCAUGACGACUUUUAUUCAAAUCCUUAACACGUUUAUUCGUAUUACUAAAUUGUAUGAGUCUUUUGGAAAGUUCAUUUUCGAAAGAACAUAUUGCCAUUUUUCGAGCAGAAGUUCGAUGAAUGUCAUCUCCAAGAGUUACCUGAGUAGACAGGGGAAGUACCCUACGGGGGUCGACUUCAACAUUGGUCAUGUGCACGCGUAUUUCGAGAAGGGGGACUUUCCCAGGAGGGUUCGUUCCAGAGGCUUCCCCGCCGGGGAGUUCACUGUGGGGGGGGAAGGGCGCCCAGAAGAGCGCCCAGAAGAGCGGCGAGGAGCAGAGCAGCAAGGAGCAGAGCAGAAAGGAGCAGAGCAGCGAGGAGCAGAGCAGAAAACAGCAGAGCAGAAAGUAACAGAACACAACGCAACAGAACACAACGCAACAGAGCACCACGCAACGCUGCCAACAGAGCAGGACGCCGCCUCCCCAGGUGAUGAACCCCCCCGUGAGGUCGAGGUCGAGGCGGAGGUGGAGGAAGAGCUGGACGAACACGAGUGCGGGAAACACCUACUGAAGUCAUCCCUGUGCAAAUUAAACGACAUAAAAAAUACCAUUAUAAAAAAUGUCAUCCAAUUCGCAUUAAUCCCAUUGUACGAUUACACAAAUAAGUACACUGCCAAGGUGGGUACCCUUCGAAAGGAUAACAAGGUGGAGACAUUAGACCCGGAGGAAAAUAUUUGUUUCAUCGUAGAAGCCAUAUUUUUGUACAUGCACACAUUCCAUGAGCAUGGGAGUAAAUACUUGACCGAUCUGCUAUUCGAGCAAGUUGCAGAGAUGUUCCUCUCCUCCGUAGGUCGUAUUCCCCACUUGAAUGAAACUGUGCUGCGGCGGUUGCAGGCAGACACACAAUACUUCAUAAACGUUUGCAAAAAAUUGAAGGUGAGGAAUUACAAACCUUUUUUUUUGUUCAGCUGCUCGCUUUCUUUUGUUCUCACGCGAGGGAGCCGAGAAGGAAACGGCGGAGAUGCUUCAGAUGUGCGCGUGGAGGUGCAAGCCUACCUGAGUGAGUGUGCCAAACGGGAGGGGCAGGACCUGAAGCAGGACCAGAAGCAGGAUCAGAAGCAGGAGCAGGGAAGCGUCCACCCUUUUGGCAUAACGAGUGAUGACGCUGCCACUGCGGAGGCCCAUGUCACGCGGCUCCUGUCGUGCCUGAAGUGA